UAUAGAGGAUUCCAGUCCAACAAAACGAACCGAGAGAGAGAGAGAGAGAGAGGCAUGGAAAGCCUCCUGACCAUGGCAUCUUCCGUCGUCUUUCCCAAAAUCCUUCUCUCCAGCGUAUCGGACCGUUACAAACUCCUCCAGAUAAUCCGAUACGCUAUCGCCCUCGCCCUCUCCUUCAUCUUCUUCUUCCUCCGCAUCCUCUUACGAUUUCCUCCCCUGUUAGGCCAAUCAUUUACCGUCCAUCUCAGAAAACCCGAAUCCCAAGACUCCAUCUCGGCCAUCGUUGCAGACUCGGGCAUAGCUCGAGCGCUUUCCCAGAUGCUCUCUAUCAUGAACGCCGUCCACGUCAGCUCCCGCAAGUACGAACUCGUCCGAAGCCUGGCGGAGCGGGUCAUAGAAGAUAACGCUCGAGAAGGGAGCCCCGAAGUCAACCGUGAGGUCCUGUCCGCGGCUUUCUCGUCGACGAUGGGGAAGCUGGAGGGUGCCAUGUCAGCAAGAGCGGUGGUGGGGUCAGGUCAGUUUUUUGUCUUGGGAGAUGGGAAGCUGAAUCAGCUCUUAGGAGCAGUUCGGAGGUUGUGGGCUGCGGCUGGUUCGGCGCCGGGCGAUGGAUUGAAGGACGGGGAUGGGGCUGAUGGGUCCAGCUCGGCUGAGAAGCUUGCAGCUGAGUUGCUUUGGCUGGCGUGGAAGAUGGCCGAGUGUGGAGCGGCUGAGGAGGCGGUUUCGAGGUGGGGAUCAGCUUCCGGCUUGGCUUCGAUGGCUGUCUACGCGGAGCCACGUCUCCAAGGUUCGCUCGUUAAGGUUUCAGCAUUCUUAUUCAAGCAAGCAAAAGAGCUAGAAGAAGAUGAAGGAAAAAAAUAUGAAGAGAGUGGAGGAGCUGUAGGGCAAGAUAGAAGGAUGAACAUGCUAAUGUCAUGGUUGCCAUUCCUAUGCCAUGCUAGCAACGGCACAGAUACGCCGGUUCUGAGCAGGGCCGAGAGGACCGAGAUGGAGACCGUCCUUGAGGAGACGAUCGAGGAGCUAAACAACUAUGGACAAGAGAAAGUGUUGGCACUAUGGCUGCACCACUUCACUGCUUGCCCAAACUCGGAUUGGCCCAACCUCCAAGCCUGUUAUGCCCGCUGGUACACCGCGUCUAGGAGGCUCUUGCUCCUCAAUUGAACCAUUUCCUCUCAUACUUCUCUUUCAUGUCUAUAUGAGUAUAUAAGUAUAGAUAAGAGUAAUGAUCCCCUUUUCAAGUGGGGCCCACGUUCAAUGAUCCUGACUGUUGAUGUGGUGGGAUGCAUCAUGUCCCAACUAAUCACUGGCAUGAAAAUAGUCUACAUCCAAUGGAUUGAAAAAAAAAAAAAAAGAAAAGAAAGAAAGAAAGAAGAAGAAGCCAAAGAUGGCAUAUCCAGGAUCUUUCAAUCUGGGAGAGUUUUGGAGCGUGGUCCAUAAUGGUGGGCCUCACUUCAUCCUUCUUUAGUCACUAGUUUACACUGUAUAAUGGCAAUUAAGUUAUAUUAGACAUGUGGAUAGUCCAAUCGUUGAUCAAGACCA